UAACUACCUUGGUACUUGAAAAAUCUUAUAAUUCUCAUUUUGAACGACUCUCAUAUCUAUAAAAUAAGGAGAAAAAACGUUUAAGUUAAAAUAAUCUACGUUUAAUACGGACAAACAAGAGAAUAAUUUGAAAAAAUAAAAACGGAAGAGUAAAUUUGAAGAAAAAUAAUUUAAAUAAUUGCAAAAAUGGCUUUGAAUAGAGAACGGCGUACAAAUGCAGGAAAUAAAAUGGCAAAGUUAUUAAAUGAAGAAGAAGAAGAUGAUUUUUACAAAACAACUUAUGGAGGUUUUGAUGAAGUGGAACAAGAUCAUGACUAUAUGGAGGAAGAUGAAGCAGAAGAUGAAGUAGAUUCAGACUUUAGUAUAGAUGAAAAUGAUGAACCCAUUUCUGAUACCGAACAAGAGGGACCAAAAAAAAAACGUAGAUUAGUUACAAAAGCUUACAAGGAACCUAAAGUUCAAUCUCAAUUACCAUCUAAAGAGAAAAAAGUUAGGCAACCAAGGCAAAGAAUCUUUAAUGAAAGUACAGAAAGAAAAUCUAUCCGUCGUUCUACUGCUGCUAAAUCAGCUGCAACACAAAAAAGAUUAAGUGAAAGAAAUGAGCAUCAAAAAAGGAGAACAAGAGUUAUAAGACAUGAUACAUGGAAACCUACUCAAGAAGAAUUAUUGAAAGAAGCAUUACAAACUGAACAGAUUAAUAUGAAAUCAUUAGAAAAAUAUCAGAAAUUAGAAAAUGAAAAGAAAAAUACUAGAACUAUAAGAAAAGCCCAAACAGGACCUAUGAUUAGAUAUCAAUCAUUAGCAAUGCCUAUUAUGAUACUUUCUGAGGUAAAUUACAAUAAAGAGGAAGAUAAAAUGAAUAUAGAAAAAGACGAAAAAAAUACAAAUUUUGAAAAUAAACGUCCAGAUGAAACAAUAGAAAAUAGUAUAACUGUAAAACCAGAAAAUGGCACAAAAGAUAUUACUAAAAAAGAAUCUUCUCAAAGUUCUAACAAAAGCAAAUAUUAUUAUGAACAAACAAAAGGAUAUUAUGAAAGAACUUUCAUUACAUUUGAAAAUGAACAAUUAUUUUCAGAAGCAUUCAAAAAAUCUUCAAUACAGAAAUCACCAAUAAAACCCUUAUGUGCAAUUACAAGGUUUCCAGCAAAAUAUUUAGAUCCUAUGACUCAUCUACCAUAUAAAAAUGUGCAAACAUUUCGACUAUUGCGUGAAGCAUAUUAUCAACAAUUGGAAGCUCGAACAGAUGUUAAUGAUACAUCACAAAGCCCAGAUUUAUUACGAUGGCUUGAAUGGAGACAAAAGAAUCAUGGUGGUUUAGCUCAAAGGAAUACAGUACGUCUUGAACCAGCAUCCGCAAGUAUGCUCACGUAAUUUUUUUUGUAAUAAUAAAA